AUGGCUUCAACAACAUCGAUUAUUUCGUUUGUUAUUUUAUUAUUAGCUACAUAUAGUUAUUCAGUGCCUAUUGAACAACGAUAUGAUACUUCAACAGCUGAUUAUGAAUUUAGUACUGGUACAACUGUAGUUGAUCGUGAAGAUAUUAUUAAUAUAAAAUUAAUAUUCGAUGAAGAAUCAACUUAUGUACCAAACAUUGAUAAUAAGCAAACAUUUGAUAAACCUGAUGACGAUGAAUUUACAACUCCAGACCAAUUUGAAUAUCCUGAUGAUGUAUCACUUCCAUCGAGUACAGCCGAUGAUUUAUUAUUUACAUCAUCACCAAUAACAUUUACUUCUGAAAUGACAUCAUCAAACGACACAAAUGAUGAACAUAUAUCAAAUGAUGAUUCAUCUAUAACUACAGAAUCAAAUACUCGACUUGACCAAGAAGUAGUUAAAUCCAAUGAUGUUCAAAACGAAGUCGAAUCAUCAACAAUGUUAAAAAAUGAUUUUUUUCAAAAUGUUAAUGUAAUGGAAAUAACAAUUGUUGCAUCAUCAUUUGUUGAACCUGAAGCACAAACAUCAACAGCAGCAUCAUCUGUUGAAACUGAAUCAGAUGUACCAGAAGCAUCAACAUUUGACGAAUCAGAAUCACACACAUCAGCAACACUAUCAACAGUUCAACCUGAAUUACACACAUCAGAAACACAAUCAUCUGAAGCUGAAUCAGACAAGCCAGAACCAUCAUCAUCUGCUGAAGUUGAAUCAGAUGUACCAGAAGCAUCAUCAUUUGAAGAAUCUGAAUCACACACAUCAGCAGCAUCAUCAACUGUUGAAACUGAAUCACACACAUCAGAAACACGAUCAUCUGCUGAAGCUGAAUCAGACAAAUCGGAAACACCAUCAUCUGCUGAAGUUGAAACAGACAAGGCAGAAUCACCAUCAUCUGCUGAAUCUGAAUCAGAUACGCCAGAAGCAUCAUCAUCUGAGGAAUCUGAAUCGCACACAUCAGCAUCAUCAUCAUUUGUUGAAACUGAAUCAAAGAUGCCGGAGGUAUCAUCUACUGCACUUGAAUCGGACACAUCAGAAGCAUCAUCAUCUGUUCAACCUGAAUCCCAAACAACAGAAGCAUCAUCAUCAGUUGAUUCGUCAAGUAAAUCUAGUGUACUCCUAGGUGAUCAUCAAUCAGAAGACAAAACAACAAAGUUUGAUUACGACAAAAGUGAUCAAUCAAGUGAAGAAUCAGAAACAGAGCAAUUAACAACACCUGGUUCAAAUAUUUCAGGUAAAAUUAUAGAAACUGAAAUCUUAACUAAUACUCAAAGUAGAGCAUAUUCAGUAAAUGAACGUCUUCAAGAGCAACCGAAAGAAUUUAGGCAAAGUCAAGUCGAAUGA